AGCACUAGACGCGGCUUGUCAAAGUCGCAGUCCGCCGUGACAGAGGCCAGCACCGAUCCUGCUCGACUGCCGUGUGUGCCUUGCAUUGGUGUACCAGCCCUGGAGCUGGACAAACCCACCGGCGGAAACGACGGUUCCCUCGACGGUCAGCUGGAGCAUAGGCUAGGCCGACUUUAAGAGGGAGGUAUAGACAGCCAUCGCUGCACGACGGGAAAAAGACUCGAUUCAUUCAAACACGGCCAGAGAGGGCUCCGCACAGCAGGCAUCCACCAUGUCGUCGAGCUACUGGGAGUCGACGCAGCGCAAGUUCUGGACGUUUACCAAACAAGACCUCGCCCUGGAACGGAAGCGCAUGGAGGAUGCGGAGCGGAACCUGGUGAACCUGUAUCCGCUCCCGGACCGAAGACAUCUCAGCAUCUACUUCUCUCACCAACUAUCUAAAAUGGCAAGGCCUCUGGGGGUGCGGCAGCAGGCCCUGGCUACGGCCCAAGUCUACGUGCGGCGCUUCUACACAAAGGUGGAGAUUCGCAGGACGAACCCAGCGCUCGUGCUGGCGACAGCCCUGUAUCUCGCGUGCAAGAUGGAGGAGUGCCCACAGCACAUCCGCAUGGUUUUGGCAGAGGCGCGUCACUGUUGGGAUACGCCAUUCAACGACAUAUCCAAGAUCGGCGAGUGCGAGUUCUCGCUGAUAUCCGAAAUGAACUCGCAGCUGAUACUCCACCACCCCUAUCGCAGCCUUGCCGAGCUGCAGACGCAGUUCCAGCUUACCCAAGAAGAGAACGCACUGGCAUGGUCCAUCAUCAACGAUCACUAUCUGACCGAUCUCCCGCUUCUCCAUGCGCCGCACGUGAUUGCCAUCACGGCCAUGUUCUUAGCAGUCGUCUUGAAACCAAUCGGUUCGCAGGUCAAUGCCGCUGGCAUGAACAACGCCCUGCAAACACUGGGCAAUGCUCGCGGCGGGCAAGGGAUGCAAGCACGGAUCCAAAAGCUGGUUGAUUGGCUGGCGGAGAGCAAUGUGGAUAUCGAGGCGGUUGUUGAAUGCACCCAGGAGCUCAUCUCGCUGUAUGAAGUGUGGGAGUCGUAUACCGACAAGAUGUGCAAGGACCAGAUUGCAAAGUUUGUCAAGGCGAGAGGGCUCGACAAGUAGCAGUUUCUGGUUGCGCUCGGCCUCGUCUCAGGGGGUCAAUACUUGUAGACUGUCA